UUGCGCUGCACACGAAAAGGAAAGGAAACGCCGACUUCUCCAUUCCAAACCCCCCUCUUCUCUCUCUCAUCUUUAGCAGGAGCGAAUGUUUGAUCGAUCGGAAGCUGGAAGACGAGUCACGUUUAUUUCUCACUUUUUAGGCUUCCCCUGAUUGUUUCUGGACUGGCCUCCCUCCCUCAGAGCCUGCUGUUGACCGUGAGGGAUUUUGCUUCCAGACGCCAGUUUUCAUCGACUGCACAAACUUGAUAGGCAGGCAAGCUAGCUAGCUAGCCACCUAGCUAACUUGCUAACUAGCUUGCAGUGUUGUUAAGGGGGACCUCGUUUUCCUUUCUUUUUUCCCCCCCUUCCCCUUGUCAGUGUUGGAGUGUUUUUGUUAUUGCGCUGUAACUGGCUGUGGGUGCGUCUUCUGACACCUGAAGACUGUUUGCGGGUGAAGUUUAAGCCGGUUGUUCGCAGCUAGCGUGCUCGAUACAGCUUGCUAGCUCGCUAGCUAACACCCUGCGCAUUUAGCCUGGAAGCCAGUUCGAGGCCUCAGUCCAGCACCACCUCCAGCAGCAGCUACCACAGUGUUUGCAGAGCCGUAUAGUGAGAGUUGACAGCUUACUUGGUGACACAGAGACUUCUCCCUGAGGAGCCAAGAAGCAGACGGCUCAUGACUUCUGACCAGGACACGAAAGUUGUAGCUGAACCACAGGUGCAGCAAGUACAAGAGGCAAAAGAGAACUCUCAUUUGGAAUCUGCCAAGGUUUCGGACCUCAACCCCAAUGCGAAAGCAUGGGCCAACCACAUGUUUAGCCUGGACCCCAGCGGGACUGCCGACACCACAACUGCUGCCCUGCAGCCAUGGAAGGAAGGCUGCGAUAGUUCGGCCGACCCCGGCCCAGAAGGCUAUGAAGCCAGUGAAGACAAGGCUUACAAGGAGCCCCUUCUAACCGACCCAGAUGAGCCUCCACCGGUACCAGUAAUGCUGGCUGAGCCAGCCGCCGUCACUCUGGAGUGCUCCGAGCCACCCUACACAGAAUACCCCGAGCCUGGGCAGCCAGGGCACACAGGCAGUGAUCCCCAGCCUGACAACCCCCAGGAGGGCUUGAGAGAGCACCUGAAGAAGACCCUGGAGUUCUGUCUUUCCCGGGAGAAUCUGGCCAGUGACAUGUACCUCAUCUCCCAAAUGGACAGUGACCAAUAUGUGCCAAUUGUGACGGUGGCCAACCUGGACCACAUCAAAAAGCUCAGCACGGACGUGGAGCUGAUUGUGGACAUCUUACGAUCUUUGCCAUUGGUCCAGGUGGAUGAGAAGGGGGAAAAGGUGCGACCCAAUCAGAACCGCUGCAUCGUGAUCCUCAGAGAGGUUCCAGAGAGCACGCCCAUAGAGGAGGUCGAGGCUCUUUUUAAGGGGGACAACUUACCCAAGUUUAUCAACUGUGAAUUUGCCUACAAUGACAACUGGUUCAUCACUUUUGAAUCAGAAGCAGAUGCACAGCAGGCAUAUCAGUAUCUCCGUGAGGAAGUGAAGACUUUCCAAGGGAAGCCAAUAAAGGCGAGAAUAAAGGCGAAGGCAAUCGCUAUCAACACUUUCAUACCAAAGAACGGUUACCGGCCGGUGGAGGUGAACCCAUACGCUCAGCAGCGCUACACAUCCUACUACAUCCCGCCGGUUUACAGCCCCCAGCAACAAUUCCCCUUAUACAGCCUCAUCACGCCGCAGGCCUGGUCGGCCACACACAGCUUCAUCGACCCCGCGCUGGUUACUCCAUUUCACAACAACCAGUUCAUCAACGGAUUUACAUCACACAGUUUCAAACCAGCGACGUCGCCCCUCACUGUCAGACACUACUCGCCCAGGAACAGGAAUCACAGCAAACCUCACCUGAGGCCGACCAUCCCCACAGCGGAUCGCAGCACUGGGCUACUGGACAACCCGAGCUUCUUUGCCAGCUUUCCCAGCGAGAGGCUCAAUGGAUCUCGCAAUAGCCCGCCAACGCGACUCCCAACCAGCCAGCCCAGAACCAGGUUACCCUCCACUGCAGCCUUCCCUCGCAGGGACACUGUGGGCACGGGGCGAGUAACGGAGCCCGCAACCACAGACUACUCCCUGGGGAUCGGCCGAGGAAGGAAAAAUGUUUCUGCUUCUAGGAAAAAGAGGGACGAAAAGUUUACAAGAGUGACGCCUCAGUCGCCGCCUCCGCCCCCAAAACCUCCAUCUCCAAGCUUCGAGCUGGGUCUCUCCAGCUUCCCUCCUCUGCCCGGAGCAGCCGGCCAGCUCAAAACUGACGACGUCUUUGACAGCCGACUGGCCAGCAGCGUAGUGGUCGGAAACUCCAAGGAACGGAAUGUAAGUGCUGAAUCCAGUAGUGGAAGCACUCUCUCCCCAGCGGGUCCCAAAGAGCCUCUCCGGUCUUCAACGUCCCCGAUGGCCACAACCUUCCAGCCUUCGCCGACCACCCCGACCACGACCCCCGCCUCGACGCUGACCCCUUCCCCUGGCACGCCGCACAGUCCCGCUCCCUCCCUCCCAGUAACGGAGGUGAAGGUGACAGAGGUGAAGCCGAAGGAGGUGCAGCUGUCUGUGGAGCGAGUUCCUGGGACUCUGUCCACUGCAAGCAAAUCGGUGCAAGUCAACGGUGCUGCCACAGAGCAGAGGAAGCCCUCCUACGCCGAGAUCUGCCAGCGGGUGAAGGAUGCCCCGACGUUACAGCAACCAACCACCCCUAAGGAAGCUAAGCCAGCCUGCGCUGCCACAGCAGGCGAGGAGAGGAAGUGCCCCGACGCCUCCACGCCUUCAGGGGAGGCCAAGGCCAGAGAGACUUACCACCCCUCCUCCAAACCCGGUUCAACGGGUUCCACCACAGGCAGACCCCCGAAGGAGCUCCGAAGGCCGGGUGGGCGGUGGGCCUCUCCGCCCCCACACCCAGGGAAAACCCCCAACAAAGAUUCCCACCACACCCCACCCAAGUCCCCGCAGUAGGGUGACUCCCUUUCCCUCCCCAAGUCCUCCAACCCCACUACUAUGCUCCACAGAUGCGUUUAAAAAAAUAAAGGAAAUACAAGUCAGGGCUACUUGAUACUUAUAUCCCAGAAUCACCCGUCACAAACAAGCAUAGAGGACGCCUUCUUUUCUGGAUCAGGGCUUGCAGACAAAAAGCACUUUACUGUGCAUGUAGAGCACCGUUUCUUUUUCUUUAUAUUCUAUUUAUUGUUUUUGGUUUUUCACUUUUAUUUCUCCUUUUCUCUUUUUGCAUUACGUAGUGGUGUCAGCCUGUCAGGUGGCACAGACAACACUGAAAUUUAUUCAUUCUGUCCAAAUGGCCUUGUGGGAUUAAAUUAGCUGUGUGCGUGCGUGCGUGCGUGCGUGCGUGCGUGUGUGUGUGUGUGCGCGCAUGUGUGAGAAGCAGCAGGGCAUUGUUGGAAGCCACCCCAAAGGAUGAUGGGAAAGGGUGCAUAAAACAGACUCCAUCUUGUUUGGCUCUCAUAAUGAGGGGUUUGUUUGCAUGUUGAGUGGCAGCAUUGUGAAACUUUAAGUGGCUUAAUUAUGGGUCAUUAUUAGUCUUUUUGUUUUUAAAUACAUACUCACAUCCAUAUGCAACUCAACAUCACAAGAAGACUUGGAUCCUUUGGUUUACAUAGAUUCUUUUGCAGAUUUGUUUACACUAGGUGGCUUUUGUGUCUUUUUUCUUUUUGGCUUUGUUUGCAAACCAUAGUUGGCUGUUGGUACAGUAAUUGGUCAUCCUCCCCUCGGCGUCUUCUUCCUCUGAUCCUGUUCUUCUUAAAGGAUCGCCCCUCCUGCUGUUAUUCCCUCUCUGUUUUCUAACAUGCUAACUCACCAUAGUGUUCGUCUGUGGCCUAACGUGGGGUCAGCGCUGUUUUGAUUUUUAGUAUCACACAGGAAGGGCACAUGACUUUCUCUAAAACGAGGCAUCUGUUGGAAAAGUGGAAGUAGGUGAGGUGUUGCUCACACUGCAUGUGUGUCUGAAGACACUGAACUAGUCAGGAAGCUAAAUUCUCUCCCCGCUUUUCAUUUCCUGUCAAACUGUGGAUCAUUAUUGUGGAAGGAAGGAAGAUGCAGGGCAGGUUUUAGGCUGACAAACUUAAAAUCGAGCGGUGACGAGGAAACCACUUCUUCCCAUCUGAAAGGGUUUUGUUUAUUCUGGAGGCGAGGAAACGAUGGCAAGCAGGAAGGAGGAAAUUAACACUAGCUACCAGCUAUCAGUUCAGUAAACACGUCUGUUUACAGGCGCCAAAUGGAGGUUUUUUUGGUUUUUGUUUGAUUUUCUGAAAAUCUGCUGAGACAGAGUGACUCAUCAGGAAGCUGAGAUGUGUGUUAGUUUCCUUCCAUAAAAUGGCACAAGUCCAGAGUUCAGUGUGGCGAUUUGAUUGGAUCCAGUGGGAAGUUUCCUGUUCAAACUGUUCAAACCUCCUUUCAAACGGUGACAUGUUUGUAGUUCUUUCUCCUACUUAUGGUGCUAGAUAUCAAAACCUGGAACCUGUUACUACAACUCCUCUGAUACUGUAAGUAGAAAUACUUGAUUUACAUCUGCAGAAUUUUAAUUGCACUGUUGUUGUUUUCUCAGACUCUCGCAAGCAAAUUCAUGCGAUUAAUCCUACCUAAAGUGAAAAAAGGGACUAACUUUGUUUUGUUUUGUUUUUUGGGGGGAAAGUUGGGGAAUGACACACAGUUCAGUUUUCCAGGAAGUUGAUGAACACCCUGCUGCAUCAUCUCCAUUGACACAAUCACUGAAGCCUUUUUGUUUUGUCGGUCAUGUUGAAGCGUCUGUGCAGCAUUAAAUUUUUGAAGACUGAUGCUUAAAGUUUUUUGUUUGUUUGUUUUUGGUUGGUGCUGCUUGAAUAGACAUGCAGUGGUUUGGAUUUUUAACUUCUGGUUUUGUGUCAGUGAGGAUUUCGUUGGAAAGUGGUGAAAAUGGGGAAUUGGGAUGGUUGAAUAGACGAGUAUAUUUUUAUGAAACUAAACUGAUGAAGGUAAAUAAUGAGUGGAUUUUUGUUGUUUUUUUUUCUGGAACGUGGUUUGCAAAGUUGAAGCGAGAGAGAGAUCUUUUGGCUUUGGGGGUCCUGUCGGACUCGUGAACAGCCUUAAACCAAACAUUUAAGUGCUGGAAGGUUUGGAGCAGGAAUGUGUGUAAAAUCCAUCCUUGGGGUGAAAAUGUUCCGCUGUUUUCCUCAAGUCUAUACCACUAGGAUUGUUUAUUAUUGUUGUUUUGGGGUGUUUUUUCUUUUCCUCCUCUCUGUCGGCGUGCUUUGUUGUUUUCUUCUAGUUUGUUUGCACUCUUUGAUUUCUCCGAAAAAAAUUGGAAAAGAUCAACCAGAGCACACGGGGCUUCCUCUGUUGCCGCUUCACUCUGGUUACCUUUGAUAAAUGGCAGCAGACAGGAGGAAGAUUUAAAGCACAGAGUAAGAGGAAACAUCCUUUACUCACCUUGAGCCUGGCUCGUUUGAAGCGCUGGCACCCAGUUGGUGAGAGCUUUCAUGGGACAUAAUCGAAGCAGUGAUUUUAUACCAGAGCUGGUGGAAAACUUUUGCAUCCUGCAUCAGAGUGAAGUACCAAGAUCGCACGUUCAGGGAGGGCAGCUCCAGCUUUGGUUGGAAGGUCUGCCUACUGUAGCAACCACUUUGGCAGAUAACCAACCGAGUGUGUUUUUUAAUUUGAAUGUAACUGUCUGGAAAAUGACUUAAAAGACUUCCCUCCCUGCUCCUCGGUCAUGUGCUCGGGUUCAUCUUUUGAAGUCGUCGCCUAAGAUGCAAAAACACCCUUAACAAAAUAAAUAAAAACCACUGUACUAUACACAAUAUCUGUUUAGGUGGGACCUCGCAUGUCUCGCUGAAGUCUUCCUGCAACAAAAAGCAUUCUGGGUAAUCCCACUAAGAGAAAACAGGAGCCUGGAGAAGGGAAAGCUUCAUUUAAAGAGCCUGUACUCCUGGUCAGAGCUGCUUUUGAUUUGGAUGCUACAGCUUGAGUUUAGUGAAAAAAGAAAAUAUUUUUUUAUUAUUUUGAAGGACUGAGAUGCACUUGGAUGGGUCUAUUAUUUUCUCUUUUUGUUUUCCUCAUUGGUGGAAAUGGUAAAACAGAUGUAAAUGCACCAUAUCCACUUAUUUAUAAAGCAGUGCUGUUUAUUCCACAAGAAAUAUCAUUAAGUUUUCUUUUUGGGAGAAGGAAAAAAGAUGUAUUGAGCUCUCAAUAUAUAUAUACACACACACACAUAUAUAAAUGUGUGUUUGUUUAAAAAAUCCAUCCAGUGUUUGAGAAACUUGAAUUUUAUUUAAACUUGAAAAAUGACUUUGCCUUAACUUUUCUACAAGACAAGCAUAGAGUUUAUUUCUUUUCAGAAAAGAUCCCCAAAAUGUUAACAAAGCGUGAGAUGUGGAAAUAUUUAGUCACACCAGACAUCACAAGUCUUACUGCGAGAGAGAGAGAGAGUACAAAUCUAGCAGCGUUUUCUUUCUUUUCCUACUUUUUGGUUUUUUGUUUUGUGUAAAAUGUACGAAAAUCUUGGGUCGUUUUUUUUGGUUUCUUGUUCAGUAGUUUCAGGUUUUUUGGUUUUUUUUGUGCAGGGGGGUGGGGGGGAUAAAAACCUUGUAAUUGCAAAUCUAGUCAAUACUGUAUUAAAUAUGUGCACUUUGAAGUGUGUGCUUUGCUUGUACAGAUGUAAAUACUCAGAAAAAUAUAAGAGGUACCUUAAAAUGAUUAUAAAAAUAUAUUGAUCCUUGUUAACUAUAAUGUCGCUAUCGAGCUGGAUGUAGAAUAUAAAAGAAAAAAAAAAAGACGUGAUGUCGUGCGUUCGGAAAUAUUUUUCUUUAACUACUAUUGUUUUUCAGUUUGGGUGUGCUGAGUUUGAUUCCUGCUCCGCUCUGCAGUGUGAGCAGGUCAUUUAUUGUAUUGUUUUUUUGUUUCUUUUGUUCUUUCAUUCCUUUUUAUUUUUUCGCUGUGCGUUCGGUCUCACCUGGAUGCUCAGGUGCGACAGUAACCCCGCCCUCCCCCUCCUCUGUGUUCACAGUCUGUGAUUCCGACAAAGCCGAGUGUCCACUGGCAUCCUCUUUGAAGCUCUGGCUUCUUUUUCUUUCACUGAUACAGUUGAUUUUGGGGGAAUUUUCCUCACAGUGUGUUUGCUUUUUGGACAGUCUGAAUGAAGCUUUUAGCAAAACAAAAACAAAGCACUACAUGUUGGAUAUUUACUCUGUUUUUGCCAUUGUUGAGUACUCUGCUAACAAUGCCAAAAGAUGAGACGUGACAUGAAAGCUGCAGCUAAAGGCAUUAAUGCAAAACUUUAGGUAACACUAAUACUUAAGAUGAGAUGUUCAUGCAUAUGCAGCUCAGUAGGCUAUAAUCAAACUGCACUGUGUCCACAUUGGUCGGGCAGCAUGACUAGACUGCAGCUUUUAUUUGAGAAUAUUAGAAAUCCUCGUUCUGGUUCCAAAUAUCCACCAACACAACGACCAUCUGAGGGCUUAUUUUAUCGGUUUUUGUCUGAUGAGCUCAAACUCUAUUUUCUCCUUUCUGUCCAGAUUUUAGGAUGAGUGAAUAUCACAGUUUUGGGGGUAAAUCAGAUUUCAGGAAACCAAAAGUCUGAGACCAGGAAGCAUUGAAGCUAGGCUAGGUUAGCAGAAACACUGGACGCCUGGCUCUGUUAUGUUUAAAAAUCUGUUUCUUUAAAUUUCACUAGUCAACACAUUUGAUUUUUGCACAUACACCAGUUUAAAUGUGUGAAAAAAUAAAUAGAAACCAAAUAAAUAGCACAUUUCUGUUGUUAGUCAGUGAACAGCACAUUAAAAAAGGCAACUAAACCUCACAAAUCUUUUUGUGUGGCAGACCGCGUGCAUCGGAUUAUUGGUUGUUACGUGUUUUGUUAGAUAAGCCAUUUUUUUUGUUUGUUUGUUUUUUCCAAACAGAGCCACGUGCUUUAUUAUAAAGGACAGGCGAAUACCCAAAAUACAUUUUUAAAAAAUUAAGUUUUGUUUUCAUAGAACAGCUAAAAGCUUUCCUGAGAAGGACUAAGCUUCAGUUUUAAAACGGUAAUAGUUUUGCUAGACGUUGUUUCUCAGAUUUAGUGUUUUUCACUGGUUUUUGUGCUUGGCCCUGUCAUGUAUAUUUAAUGGGUUUCUUAGAGCUUUGUAACUGAUUUUUGGAUUUAUCUGUGAUAAAUCACAGCGUUCAGAUUGUACCAGCCAGAGAUGAUCUUGAAAAGCUAUUCAACUAUCUUUACCCAAACUGAACAGAAAUUUUGCUGCAGACCAACAGGGGGCGCCCUGAGUGAACAGGAGUGAAUGAAGCAGGUUUUGUAGUUUUCACAAUCAUUGAUAAAUUGUCAGAUUAGAAAUAAAACACUUGGUGGGCUUUUAGACUUUGCACAUAAAAUCCCAGUGUUCUAAUCCUUUCAGAUUGACUGGAUUUACGACAGGAAACGCUCUUUUGAUGGUUUCAGUUUUCACACAAUGAUGAGAUGUUAGAAGUGUAGAUGAGCCACAGUGGAAACUUCAGUGUGCGUAUAAUAAGCAGCUGGUGGUCGUGGUGAUGCCAUCAGGAUACCAUCGAGGUGGUUCAUGCUCCACUGAUGUCUCUGGCAGAAAGGCAUUUUACUACAGUCGGAAACCUGUAAAAAUCUAAAAAUUGAGCUUUUAUUCAUCAUUUCAACCACUUCUGUCAGAAACAUGGUGAAGGAAAGUGUUUACUGGAAGUUCAGAGAAUGGGAGGAGUUGAGUAUUUCGAAGUGUGCUGAUAGAGAUCCUGUGCAUGGUAAAGCUGUUCAAGUCCAAUCUGACCAACUUCUGCAAAUGUUGUAUUCUCGGUUUAUCCGUUUCUCUGUGCGUUUGGGUCGGGGUCCAGUAAUCCCUUUGGUCUGAUUUCAUUUGUUAAGCAUUUCAGAUGCUGGACAGAAAACCAGAGCUUUUCAGACAGAAAUCAAUAAAAAGAAACCCUGAACCAUCGAAGCUGGCCAAUCAGCAGCUAAACAGACUUUGACGAACCAUCGGGCGGAUGCUGGUUUGCUGAAAAGAGCGAUGCUUGGUGGACACUUCUUGGUUUAGUCGAGGCGAUGUGAUGUGUGACGCCCAUCAGAAGCUUCACAGUGAAGCACAUCUUGAACACUCGGCACUUGUGGUGGGAGAUUAUUGCAGCCUGCCGCCAGGUGACGUCGAGUCUCGGGCCGUCGGAUUGUGCAUUUCAUUUUAAAAAAACAUUAAAAAAAACAAGGCGACUCGUUGGAGCUAAAAGUUUCCCGCCCAGGUGUCGACGUGGGCGCGAGACAUCCAAGGAGCCAAAAACCAUUCGACCCGCUCUGUGCAGUUUUGUUUCUUCUCUUCAGAUUAAUGUUUGUGAUUUCUUGUUCAUGUUCAUGUUCAUCAGCUCCAAGGUUUCCUCUCCUGAGAAAUAAAUGUACAAAUGUUUUGGUUUUUUCCUAUGUGCUUUUUUUUGUUUUUUUGGGGGGGUAGGGAGUAAAAGGCUCAACUGGAAUGAGAGUAGUUUACCUUGUUCAGAGCGAUGUUUCUCACGUACAGUACAUUUAACACGCAGGUUGACAUGUCUGUUAAAACCAUUUGAUCACAUGUUGGACUGCAGUUCGAUGUGGCAAAGAAAACCAAUAACCGUGCCAUUAUACAACAGUCGUUUUUGUCUUGGCUGGGCAGUUUAACCUGUACAUACAUAGCUGAGCGCUUACCGUCUCGGGCUUUUAUUUUUGUUUUUUACUUUAAGAUGUGAUUUUUCCUGUUACUGGAAGCCUGGAGACACCUUCAGUUUGACACCAGUGACUGUAGGAGCGUUUUUCACGCGGUGUAACUCGCGGUGGAUCCCCCGCCUGAGGUCGAGGUGCCGUCUGCCUCUGGUGGCCUCGAACUUUGAGAAUACAAACUGGGCAUCUCUGAACUGUGAAUGUGUGCAUGUGUGGAAUAAAAUAAAAUGUACCACCCAGCUAAUCCAGGCCGAUGCAAAAGUGACUCUUUCCACAAGCGCGGUACCUCAGACUGGAUGGUACCGCUUUCAAAGGGAUCUCUUAUUUUGGCGGGAAAGACUCGCCGCGAGCUCCUUGUGCCUCUUCAGUCUUGCCGGCGUUCAUCCAGAUGCUCAGUGGUGGCAUUUUUGAAGGAGCUCCCUUUUCCUCGUGGACUUCUGCAUGGAGCGUCACACUUCAUAUCAGCCUGUUGGUCGCCUCAGACCUCCUUCCUGUUCGUCCCUUUUGACAGUGCCAUUUUUCUUCUUUUGGGUUUUUUUUUUUUUGUUUGUUUGUUUUUGUUUUGUUUUUGUUUUCCCUCCAGGAGGGUUGCAUCUUGUCGUUUAAAAAAGAAAAAAUAGACCCCCUUGUGUUUUUGUGUUUUCAUUUUGUUUUUCAAAGAUGUAUAACAAUGAAUGCACACCAACUGACUGGAAGAGGACUAUGAACUCACUGUGGUUUAACUCAUUAACACUCUUACCAUGCUACGCUAACAGCUGUGGACAAUCGACGACUCCGUGUUGGGGUUUGGACAGAUAAUUUUGCCUAACGACACCUUUAACAGACGUGGAAUGGAGGUUUGCGAUCAAGAGGGCUUCUCUCUAUUUUCCUUUUGUUUUUUGUUUUUUUAAAUCUGGAUUUGGUUUAUUUUUUUGUUUUGUUUUUGUUUUUGUUAUUUUUUUUUUUUAUUUUUUUUUUGUUUGGGUCUUUUCUUCCAUCGAGACUGGAAUCAAGCGUACAUGUCAGCUAUAGAUAAUUUAAGUUACUCUUGUGUCAUGAUGUAAACUGUCUAAUUUGGAGAAAAAAAAUGUAGCUUACUGAAAAAUAAAGAUUUAGGCACUGUUGAGGA